ACCUUCAAAAGUAUUUCAUGUACUUUAUGUAAGAAACUUCGGACUGUUAUUUUUCACAAAUGGGAAAGGGGUGGAGUUGCUCUUAAAUCUAUUUGGAUUGGCAUAUCAAAUUUUGUAUUAGGUUAAAGUAAGAUUUAAAUUAUUCAAAUGCAUGAGUUACUUCCUCGUAUUGUUAAUUUUUCUAUAUUGUAGAUAUUGCUUCAAAAUUUUCACUCUGUGAACAAUGCUUCGGAAGUUUCUUCGGCUCGGUACUUUUGUCCGAGGGGAACACGGUAUGGCUUUAAAUGCAUUCUGUCUAAAUUUGUAGGGGCUCUUUCGGCAUUUCGAUUCAUUUUACACUCUUAAAUAAACUAUUCAAUAAACUUUCUUUUGCUAUUCAAAUUCAUUGAGUGUGUUUUUUUGCGUUCCGUGUUUCUGAAUUAAAUUUUUUGUACAUUUUUGCCAGAGCCCUUUUUUAAAUCGGGGUCCGUCCUCAUUGCGUACCUUUGAGGUAUUGUAGUUACGCCACUGACGUUCCCCUAACAUUCUGCAUGUUAGACUAACGGAUUCAUGCGGGGGAACGCGGUGAUUUGGGUGUCUUUGGGGUUGCGGCGGUCAAGGGUUUAUGUAUGUUAUAAAGUUGAAUUACGCAUAAAAAGAUAAUGUUCAUUGUAAAUAAUUGCAUUGUUAUCUCCGGUCAUUGCGAUAAGAGUUUUUUUUAUCGUUAAUUAUGUUUGAAAAUAAGCAGAUUUCGCCUAUAAAAAAACGCAGAUGUUAAUUUCGUUCGACGACGCAUGACGCAAUCGCUUGUGCGUAGUAUUUGUCUGCUGCCCUGGCCGCCAUUAUUUAUUUCAUUUGCGUCGAAUAAAUUUUUAGUAACUCUGUUUAAUAAAAUUAGUUAGACAUGUGUUUGCGGUUGGUUUAGUGACCGUUUGCCAUUGCGCAUAGCACUACUGUAGCGAGUAUCCCGUGCACCGAGGGGAGAUUAGUCACCGGUGAUAAGGAGUGAAAGCGGAUGCGACGCAUUCUUUCCUUGAAAUAUGAUUAGUCUUCUAGACCCCUCGAGACACGUUUCGUGAGUUUUUCUAGAUACUUUCCCUUUGAUAUAUAAGCAAAUUGAAGCUUGUUUUAGGGCAGUUUCAAUAUCGAUGCCGAAGUGAUCACUAGUAAAGUUCGCGCGUAUGUAGUAAAUUGUGUACAAGUCAGUGUUGUAAGUAUAAUAAUAAGCACAUAUAAAUUCAUUAUCAUUUGACUGUAAAUAAAGAAAUAAGGUAAUUAAAUUUACGGUCCAAUAUGAUCUCAAUUUGUAUAGAAAUACCUAGUCGUUUUUUAGACAGAAGUUAUGGGAGAUUGCCAAUCAAAUUAGGGGUGGUUAAUUGAUGCUUAGUCUACACAUAUACGACGUGUUUGAUUAAAACUACCUACAUCAUCUCUUAUUUAAAAGAUGCUUGCACAAAUAACUUUUUAUACAAUUUACUAAGCGCUUUGCGUAUAUAGUCAUUACUCCUUCUUUGCAGUUCUGCAUCAUACCAUUUUAGUUUGUCGACAUCACGAAAUGGGCCCUUCGUUUCAAAGGCCUUCUCCAGAGAGCGUGCGUUGCGAAAACAUCGCAUGUUCCGGUCCGCAUUUUUUCACAAAAACUACUUCCUCAGAAUGAAGGUAAAUUUUAUAGCGCUCUUGCUCCCGAUGCAUAUCUCUGAAGCGUUUUCCGAAUGAAACGAAUUUAUUUACUACGUCCUAAAAACUAGAGUCCAUAAAGUUGCGGCCUUCCUUACUCCUGUCGCUCGAAUCCCUUACGGUAGUUGUCAUAAUAAUAAAGAGGAACUAUACCUACGUUUUAAAGCUGUCUAACGCAACUGCACGAAUUCACGAAACUAAUUGCUCGUAAAAAUAAUUCCACCCCCACAUUUAUAUCUACACCCCGUCUAUAGACUGACUAAUGUAAUGGAAGAAUUCGUGUCGAGCAAUUGCUGCACGCCAACGUAAAGCUCUUUUUAAAGGGCAAGUGAUUUUAAGGUGUUUGACCUUUAAAAGCUCCAUUUGUUACUUACUCUUUUGGAAACGAGUCGCAAAUCUCCAUAAUGGAUGCGGUACAAUGAAAACAUACAGUUUGGUCAAUAAUUUUUGGUGUAAAUGAGGUUGCUAAUGGGAACACGUGGGGUAGGGUUAAAAUUAUUCAUAGGACUCGUUAUCGAUUGGCGCUAAUUUAUUAAUAGUCACCCUUAUGGCAAUAGAAAAAACCUUGCGACUAAUCCCAUUCCGUUUUCUUUUUUCAGCGACUGGCUUAGAUCCUUCGAGUUUUCUAUCGUCACAAUCGCCGAGUCAGUAUGACCUUCUGGCGGAGCUGGGGUUACAUAACACCACCUGGGCGGGUGUGUCGAUCACAUCGGGCCCGAGUGUUCCACAGCAACUUCGACCGGCAUAUUUGCUCCAAGGUGACUACAGAGACUUGAAGCUACCACCGUUGGCCUUCGAAAAAGUAUCGGAUUUAUUAAGGAGAAGUCCUGAAUUUACAAUAUCAGCAUGGGUGCGACAAGAAACGGGUAAUACGGGUAGUUUAGUGAGUUUUGCACACGGACUUAAUCGUUAUUUAGAACUUCAAUCUAGUGGACGUAAAAAUGAAAUUCGGUUACAUUAUACUUCGCGUGUAGACUCUAAAGUGUACGUAGAAACUUUUCAUUAUCGCCUCGCGGACAAUUUGUGGCAUCACGUAGCGAUCUCUGUGAGCGGUUCGCAGGUGGAGCUACUUGUCGACUGCCAUCCCCUGUACAAAAGACUGUUAAGGCCUGGUGCCCCGGAUAGAAAUUUUUCGUUACCGCAACAACUUUGGCUGGGCCAGAGGAACAAGCACUACCACUUCAAGGGAGCCAUGCAGGACGUGAGACUGAUAGCGGGUCCCCACGGAUACCUGACGCUGUGUCCGAGCUUGGAUUCGACGUGUCCGACGUGUGGGCAGUUUUCGCUAUUGCAGAGCACCGUGCAGGAGCUGACGCGGCAUCUUCAGGAGCUUUCCGAAAGGUUAGUAGCAGCUGAAGGCCGCAUCAGUAAGGUCGAAGAAUGCGACUGCCAGAAGUCAUGCCAAUUCAAUGGCUCGGUUCACGCGGACGGCGCCACGUGGCAACGCGGCUGUGACUUGUGCGCUUGCGUGCAUGGCGAGGUGCAGUGCCGACCGGUCGAGUGUCCCGUGCCGUCGUGCAAGAAUCCCGUCAACAUUACCGGCGAGUGCUGCCAAAGUUGUCUUAGGGAUUGCCUUAUGCAAGGAGUAUUUUAUGAUCACGGAGAUCUAGUCAAUUUGCAUCAGUGUGUAGAGUGUGAAUGUCGUGACGGAAGUAUGAAUUGUACUAGGAUAAUCCCUGAAACUAUGUGUCCUAAGUUAACGUGUCCUCCGGAAGAACAAUUUAGUAUACCUGGUGAAUGUUGCAAGUUUUGUCCAGGUAUUGACUACUGCGCUAAAGGUCACAUUUGUCAUGUUAACGCAUCAUGCCUGAACCUUCAAACCAAAUACACUUGCCAUUGUGAUCAAGGUUUUCGUGGAGAUGGACAUGUGUGUUCUGAUAUCGACGAGUGCCAACAGGAGGGUGGCCUGGAGGGUCACCACUGCCACCAAAACACGCGGUGCGUCAACACCGUCGGUUCCUACGUGUGCGAAUGCCUACCGGGCUACAGGAGGAUAGACAAGUUUAACUGCGCCGAAAUAGACGAGUGCAGUACCGGCGAGCACGGUUGCGACGUGCACGCCCAAUGCGUGAACACGCUCGGCAGUUACCACUGCGUGUGUCAGGUCGGCUACGGCGGCAACGGGUACACGUGCGAGCCUAUCUGUAAUCAGAGUUGUUUAAAUGGUGGCGUCUGUAAGAGUCCGGGAAAGUGCGCGUGUCCAAAUGGAUAUACUGGGGCGAGCUGCGAGCGAGACCUGGACGAGUGCGCCACGAAUUCGCAUCGAUGUACAGACGCCUCAGUUUGUGUUAAUAUGAUUGGUUGGUACUACUGCGAGUGCAGGGCUGGAUAUCACAGUCCGGUGAUUGACAACAAUUUGGGAACUUUGUGCCAAGAUGUGGACGAGUGCGAGCAACAAAUUCACACGUGUCAUCCGUCGGCGCAGUGUAUCAACUCGGACGGGGGGUUUUGGUGUUCCUGUCCCGAGAGUAGGGGUCCCAAUUGUAAGCUUAGCUGUAUUUUUGAGGGGGCCGAGGUCGAGCACGGGAAGACCGUGUCGCCGGUCGGUCAACCGUGCCGGCGCUGUGAGUGUAAUUAUGGCGUUAUAACGUGUAGGGAGCCGACUUGCAACUGUUCGCUUCCCGGUAGCGGUCAGAAUUCGUGCUGUCCACAGUGCGAUCGGCAAUUGGCGUGCAAACAUCAGGAGCUGUCGGAUGUGAUACUGAUGCACGGCGAGCGUUGGUCGUAUCAAUGCCAAACUUGCGAAUGUCUGUACGGUGAAGUGGACUGUUGGGACAUGAAGUGUCCCCCAUUGCUCUGUGAUAAUCCAAUACAAGCUCCAGGAGACUGUUGUCCUCAUUGUGAUGAUUUAUGCUCAUUUGGAAAUAUGUCAUUGUCUGGAAAACCUUGUACGUUUGCCGGAAGAUUAUACGAAUCAGGUGCUCAAUUUGCCGAUCCUAAUGAUCCUUGCGUCGCCUGCAACUGUAAGGUGCCGUUCUGCGCCCAACUGGUGAGCAAUGUCGCGUGUUGUGUGCAUCGGAUGGAGUGCUAUGCUGCAGUUAUAAUUUCAAUUGUGGCGACGACGCUCCCGCGGUGGGCUACGACGGACUGGUCGCCUCUUCGACAUCCGUGGCCAGAUAUAGUUCUAGUGCUAAUAGCGAUCAAACUGAAAGUAGUGUUACUAAUAAACAAUUUAGUGUAUCUGUACAAGUGGCUAACAAUAGUGCUCAGACUAUCGGCGUCAGUGACAUUGGGAGAAAUAAUAAGACUGAUAUGUCGGGGGGUUGAACUUUGCCGGCACGUAGCUGGUCUAACAUUCCUAGAGCCACCUGUGCAAUAGCGUAGAUUCGGCACAAACGUUGCCUGUUCUCUUCUGCCUGUCGCGGCUGCUUGCUAGGCCACCUCUCAAGUGUCUUCCUAGUUUAUAACAGUAGCCAGGCUGUUUUGUUAUGUCAAUGGCAGUUGCAUUUUGUCAGCUUCUAAAGAAGUAGGUUUUCACACUGGCGUUUGUAUUACCACAAUAUUAUCACUAGCGUACCGCCAUCUGUUUUUACACAUUUGCAAUUGAAGUGUCGAAUGAAUGUGUUAGAAAGAAGUAGUUAGUGUACUAAUUAAGAUAAGAAAAUACAAAGAGAAGAAAAUGCAUUCCGGUGUGACGAGAGCGACGACGCGACGAGAAGUUAAAAAUCUGCGCGGAAACGUUGGUAUGAAAUCUGCUUCUCGACGUCUAUAUCUGUUAUGUAAUCAAACAAAAGGGUUGAAGAAGGACCCGCAGGUUUGCUGCAAAAUGUAUGUGUAAAGAUCAAUUAUGUAUGUUAUAUAAAACUCUAGUCAAAUUAUUAGCUUGCUAAAACAUUCGGCAAGCUUAAUGUAUUUACAGUUAUAUAUAUUAUAUACCUAUAAAUAAUGGAAAAGCAUAUCUAGCUAAAUAAAAAAUUAUUGCAAUAUUGAAAUUGUGAUAUUGUUGAAUGAGACUAAUAAUUAAUGUAAUUUUCCAUUCAUUGUAAAUUAGUUCCUGAGUCUUUUAACGCUGCAAAUGCUCAGCAGUUUAAAACAAAUAAUAGUAAUACUAUUGUUAACAAUGUACUUAGCACAAAUUAUAAGAUUAUAUAAUAGGCUACCGCUGAACAACGAAUUGUUUAGCUCUUUUCAUAGACACUUUUAUUUUGUUCCCAAUUAUUAUUUAUUGCACAAAUGGCGCAGUAGAUACCUACAUUCUAACGAUAUUUUUUUUACCAAAAAAGGUCACUAUUGUAAAUAAAAUGUCGCUAUAAUAUUGUAUUAAUAGUCUUAAAUGUAGAAAACCUAAUUGGAAAAUUUUUCAAAAACAGAGCACAUAAUCAUAAUAGUUAUAGUACCUAAUUUUACUUUUCAGUAUUUUGUUUAUAUGUUUUUCAUCCUAGUCAACUAACAAGCUAGUUUCUCAUCCUAUGAAAACCGCUUCUUAAUGACGACGUUUCAUCCUUUGUUCGAUUAUAUCUUAUUUGUUACGACUAGAAUUUAUUACACUGUACAGAACAUUGCCAUAGUCCUUUGUUGUAAAGAUGUGUGCCAAUCAUUAUUACAAAUAAAUUAUAAUCAAGGA